CCUGUUUCUCUAAACAGCAAUAGAGUUUUUUGCCUGCAUAUGAGAUUGUUCAGAAAUUGCCAUGAAGUCUUAGUGUUGUGCAUUCUUCCACCUAUACCACGAUCAAGUCACAAGAAUCUCUAUCUCUGAGGAUCACAGACUGCCUGGAAUGAAUACAUCUUCACACCACCUACACACAGGUCAGGGGAGGAAUCAUGCUACUAGGUAAGCCUCUGUCACUGAGACUUGCUGGACUUGUUCUGACUUGCCUAUGACUCCUUUCUUUCCUAAUUCGGGAGAUAAAGCCUCAAGUCUAUGCUGAGAUGCUGCACAGUGUGUGUGAGCAUUUGGGACAGUGCAUCUCCCAGACAGAAGAGCUUCUUGGUGAUCUCUCAGUGGUACCCAGAGAUAGUGAUCCAGAUGGACAGAGCAAGGAAGAGCACAGAGCCAUGGAAGAUCGCAGUCAUUGUUGUGUCAGUGAUAGUGGGCUUAGCCCUCAUCAUUGGCUUGAUUACAUUGUUUUUGUGCCACGAUCAGGACCGAUAUUAUGAUGCAUCUUUCUUAAUCACCAAUGUCGACUAUGACCCUCAGUAUGAAAGGCAAACCACAGAAGAGUUCAGGCACCUGAGCCAAGAGAUUGAAACCAUGAUAUCUGAAGUAUUCAAGGGAUCCUUUCUAAGUAAAAGGUACAUCAGAUCCCAUGUUGUUAGUCUAAGCCCAGAUCCUGGUGGAGUUCUUGCAUCUGUUGUUCUGGUAUUUAAAUUUGCCACAGCUGACAGUAAGGCAGCAAGCUGGGGCCACGUCAACCGUGUAUUACGCAGAAGGCUGAAAACAAGCUCUAAGUUCUUGAAUGUUGACCUGUCUACCCUUAGACUCACAGAGUUGAACAAGGAAAAGGGAGACAACCUUUUAAACAACUGCUGUGGAAUACGAAGACAGGCGUUCUCCUUCACAGGCGUGGAGAGAAUACUUGGUGGGCAGCGUGCGCAGGAUGGGGAAUGGCCGUGGCAGGCUAGUAUUCAGCUUGAUGGGACCCAUCGCUGUGGUGCAUCAGUGAUCAGUAAUACAUGGCUAGUGACAGCAGCCCACUGCUUUAGAGGAGUAAGAGAUCCUCGGAGGUGGACUGCCAGCUUUGGGAUUCUGCUGAGACCUCCAAAACAUAAAAAAUUUGUCCGAAGAAUUAUCAUUCAUGAAAGAUACAGUGACUUUGUCCUUGAUCAUGAAUAUGAUGUGGCUGUUGUGGAACUUGCCUCUCCUAUUGAGUUCACGAGUGAUGUGCACAGUGUCUGCCUUCCUGAAGCAUCUCACAUUUUCCCAGAGAAUACUUCCUGUUUUGUUACAGGUUGGGGAGCUUUGGAGAAUGAUGGCUAUAGUGUUAAUCAGCUUCGACAAGCGGAAGUGAAAAUUAUAAGUACUGCGACUUGCAAUAGAAGACAAGUAUACAGUGGGGCGAUAACACCUGGAAUGUUGUGUGCUGGAUACUUAGAGGGGCAGGUGGAUGCCUGCCAGGGUGACUCUGGUGGGCCACUGGUACAUGCGAACUCCAGAGGAAUCUGGUAUCUUGUGGGAAUAGUGAGCUGGGGAGAUGACUGUGGCAAGCCAAAUAAACCAGGAGUGUACACGCGAGUGACUUACUAUCGAAACUGGAUCAACUCCAAAACUGGCAUCUGAAACCUGCAGCGGGUUACGUUUUAUGGGCUGUGUACGGCUAUUCCUCUGACACAUUCUGCUCUGUGGUUACCCUCUAAACAGCUGCUGGCUUAGCUUGUGGUCAAGUACCAAGUGCCAGCAAGCUCGGAGUAGUCUAGGACUUGAAAUUGGUUUGGCCUACAGCCAGACAGGAACAGACUUGAUCCACGUGACAGCUGUUUGUUCAGGAAGUACUCUGUCAAAGGAUGACUGCCUUCAUCUAUAUGCAAUAUACUGACCCUUUUUUCUCUGUGGCCAAAUGGUUUGGCCCCUACUUUUAUACUCAGGCAAAGCAUAUGAGACCAAACAAUCACUUAUCAGCAUCCAAGACAUGUUAUAACUAAAAAUGUGGCCUGUCUGUUUGCUGUGUGCUCCCAAGGCCCCAUCUAUCUGUAGGCAAGCUACAAUCCAGACCCUGACUGGAAGGCUGCUGCAUUUUUGAAUUCUUGAGGUUUUUCCUGCAUCAUUCCAGGGAGUGUACUCCUAAUGAAGAACAGAAGAUGCCUUAGAGAUGUCCUGGUGCCUAAUACCGUGUCAGACUGUUACUUGAGUGAAUAGAAAAUAAUUUCCUUGAUGAGUUUUCCUGAAAAAGGAAUCCGUGGAAAACUCCAGCUUCUGUCCACCAUCUUUGAACAAGUCUACGUACGCCCACUCAUCGCUUCAUAUGAACAGCCCCUACCCCAGUGUUUGCGUGCGAGUGAUUGUUGGACUUAAGACCAAACAAACCCCACUUACAUUCAUACCAGUUUGUUGUCGUAUCAGAGCAUUUGGCUGAAUUAAUUCCAUAUUUAACUUUCCAGAUUGUAUUGUUCUGAGUAAGUCUUUGGCUUUUUGUGCAGGAUGGAGGAUUGUAACAAUCUUAAUGUGACCACUGCCAAAAAAGAACCCCCCUCAAUCUGCUUAUUCUUGCAAAUGCUGUUCUCAAGUCUUCAUUAUAUUUUAAUAUGGGCAU